GCUCUCACGUGGUAACUGUACCUUCAAUCUUGGAGAGAGAAAACCAAAUGACCACCCAAUCAAGUAACAAUAUUGAGAAACCAUGUUGAAAAAACGCCUCCCUAUCUCUCUCACAUUAGCGGCACCCCACUUUCUCUCUCUAAAAACCAUCCAGAAUUGGCGGUUCCCAUUUCUUCUCCCUCAUUGAAGCUUGAAAGAACCAUUACUGUACAAUGUUUAGAGCUACCCAUUUCUUCAUUUUCUCUCUCUAGAGCUACCCAUUUCUUGAUUUUCUCUCUAGGAUCCCCCCCCUUUCUGUGUCUCUCCUUCUUAUUGAAACGAACCAUCGUUACUAUUUUCAGAAGCACCCACCUAUUGUUUGUCUCUCUUUUAAUGCGUUUUCUUUUCUCUCUGGUUGAAAAAACACGACAUUUCUACUAUGUUUAGAAGUACCCGUUUCUUGUUUUUCUCUUUCUAAACCAUCUCUGUGCUAUCAUUCCAUAAUUACAAGCACCCACAUCUUUCUUUCUCAUCCCUUGCCUUGGAAGCACCCAUUUCAUGGUUUUCUCUCUCUAGGCUCUCCGUCUCUAUCUCUCCUUCUCAUCCUGUUCCAUCUGUCUUUUUCCACCAAAUGGUCGUGGCGAGGUUGUAUGCUUCCAAGUGUUGGGAUUGCAACGGCUAUUUCUUUUAACAAAGUUUAUAUGGUUUGGAUUUCAUCAAUUGGGCUCUCUUUAUCUUCCCCUAAAGCUUUCACCUUUUGGAGGUUUCAUUGAAUUGUGGUUCCAUUGGAGAACAGGGCAAAUAGUAGGCCUCUAGGCUAUAUGCCAUUAUUAUUGUUAUUGGGCUAGAAUGGGUGGCGUCAUUGGGAAAUGCGACUCCCCAAGAAGGCAAGGCCUUCCAAUUUCAAAGCUUGAGGCAAAGAUGGUAGAAGCCAUGCGGCGCAAAGCUGCUGAGGGGACGACUGUGAAAUCUUUUAACAGUAUAAUAAUGAAGUUCCCAAAAAUCGAUGAGAACUUAAGAAAUGUUAAGACCAUUUUUGAACAAUUUGAUGAGGAUUCGAAUGGGAGUAUAGAUCCUGAAGAACUGAAGCACUGUUUCAACAAACUUCAGAUUUCAUUUACGGAGGAAGAGGUGAGUGAUCUCUUUGAGGCAUGCGAUAUAAGCGAGACGCAGGGAAUGAAAUUCAACGAAUUCAUUGUACUCCUCUGCCUCGUCUAUCUUCUCAAAGAGCCAGCCGUUCUUCCUGCUAAACUUAAACUGGGGUUGCCACAACUCGAGUCAACAUUCGAAAAGCUGGUUAAUGCCUUUGUUUUUCUGGACAAAAACAAGGAUGGGUAUGUUAGCAAGUAUGAGAUGGUGCAAGCAAUCAAUGAAACAACUUCAGGCGAGCGCUCAUCUGGUCGCAUCGCCAUGAGAAGAUUUGAGGAAAUGGACUGGGACAAAAAUGGAAUGGUUUCAUUCAAAGAGUUCUUAUUUGCCUUCACUCAUUGGGUGGGGAUUGAUGCUGAUGAAGAGGAAGAUGAGGAGUAAACGUUUUGCUUCUUAAUUGUGAUUCCUUUCUAUAUUUUAGAUCACUGGUGGCCUUGUGCAUGCACCAUGGAAAUGCGUUUUCUGUGGAAUUUUAUCAGGAAAUUUCUACAUGAAUAAUUGGAGAAUAGAGAAUUUGACAUUUUAAUCCUUCAAAUUAUUACUUUAGGGGGUGCAGAGAUGCUCAUGUAAAUACAAUGAACAGGCACAAUCACAUUUUGUUUGCUGGCGAGAACCAUGGAACUUACGGAUCUUAAUAUAUGAGAUUCUUGAGUA